UAUCAGAGGGACAGAGUGGGUAUAAAAGCUGCUGCAGUGGAGCUGAGCUGACACCGAGGCUCAAACUGACUCCAUCAUGAAGACUUUCAUUCUUCUGGCUCUGUGCGCUGCAGCAUAUGCUGCUCCCAUUGAUGAGGAUGACAAGAUUGUUGGAGGCUACGAGUGCAGAAAGAACGCGUUGCCCUACCAGGUCUCUCUGAGCUCUGGCUACCACUUCUGUGGAGGCUCCCUGAUCUCCAGCACCUGGGUGGUGUCUGCUGCUCACUGCUACAAGUCCCGCGUCGAGCUGCGUCUUGGUGAGCACAACAUUGCGGUCAACGAGGGCACCGAGCAGUUCAUCAACUCUGCUAAGGUCAUCCGUCAUCCCUGGUACAACAGCCGCAACCUGGACAAUGACAUCAUGCUGAUCAAGCUGAGCAAGCCCGCCACCCUGAACAGCAAAGUCGGCUCCGUGUCCCUGCCCUCCACCUGUGCCAGCGCUGGCACCCGCUGUCUGAUCUCUGGAUGGGGCAACCUGAGCGGCUCUGGAAGCAACUACCCUGAUCGCCUGAUGUGUCUGGAUGCCCCCAUCCUGAGCGACAGCAGCUGCAGGAGCUCCUACCCUGCACAGAUCACCUACAACAUGUUCUGUGCUGGAUUCCUCGAGGGAGGCAAGGACUCCUGCCAGGGAGACUCCGGUGGCCCCCUGGUGUGCAACGGUGUGCUGCAGGGUGUGGUGUCCUGGGGCUACGGCUGUGCCCAGAGGAACAAGCCUGGAGUCUAUGCCAAGGUCUGCAACUACACCUCCUGGAUCCGCAGCACCAUGUCCUCCAACUGUAUUUGGGUGGCCCAGGUCAAAGGUAGACCACACAAGUUACUCAAGAAGAUAACAGUAACAAAAUGCAAAUAUUAUGAGGAUGACAAGAUUGUUGGAGGCUGCGAGUGCAGAAAGAACGCGUUGCCCUACCAGGUCUCUCUGAGCUCUGGCUACCACUUCUGUGGAGGCUCCCUGAUCUCCAGCACCUGGGUGGUGUCUGCUGCUCACUGCUACAAGUCCCGCGUCCAGCUGCGUCUUGGUGAGCACAACAUUGCGGUCAACGAGGGCACCGAGCAGUUCAUCAACUCUGCUAAGGUCAUCCGUCAUCCCAGGUACAACAGCCGCAACCUGGACAAUGACAUCAUGCUGAUCAAGCUGAGCAAGCCCGCCACCCUGAACAGCAAAGUCGCCUCCGUGUCCCUGCCCUCCACCUGUGCCAGCGCUGGCACCCGCUGUCUGAUCUCUGGAUGGGGCAACCUGAGCGGCUCUGGAAGUGCCUACCCUGAUCGCCUGAUGUGUCUGGAUGCCCCCAUCCUGAGCGACAGCAGCUGCAGGAGCUCCUACCCUGGACAGAUCACCUCCAACAUGUUCUGUGCUGGAUUCCUCGAGGGAGGCAUGGACUCCUGCCAGGGAGACUCCGGUGGCCCCCUGGUGUGCAAUGGUGUGCUGCAGGGUGUGGUGUCCUGGGGCUACGGCUGUGCCCAGAGGAACAAGCCUGGAGUCUACGCCAAGGUCUGCAACUACACCUCCUGGAUCCGCAGCACCAUGUCCUCCAACUAAACAAAGUCCUGCAUUACAAUGGAUGAAAAAAGUUUAUAAUAAUAACAUGUGACCAAUAGAGCCAGAGUCACAUUGUAAACAUUCUGAAGUGAUGUGUAAUAAAAAAAUAUAAAAAACACA